AUGCGGCCCUCAGCGCCUAUUCCCAACAACGAAGACUCAGACCCAACUUCAUCGUCCGGCUCCUCAGAAGAAAGCGACAGCGAAGACUCAGAAGAUGAGAACGAGUCCAUUCACCACGAACCCAAGGCUACAUCUGCGAACAAAUCGUCAAUACCUAAUGUCUCUGGUCGUCCGAAGCCACAAAUACACAAGAUGCAGGGGAACUCGGAAUUGCUGGCGCGGUUAUCGGCAUUUUUGCCGCAGAUGAAGAGUGCGAAUGAGGAGUUGGAGAAGGAUAUCGCCGCAGGGAAGGAUGUCGUUAUGGACGACGAAGAUGAGAAUAAGGAUUAUAUUGAGAUGAAUCUUGGGUUGGGAGUUUUGGAGGAAAAGCGUGACAACGGAGGGGAUGCCAGCGGUGAUGAAGCCGAUGAUGAGGCCAUGAGUGGGAUGGAAUCUGGCAAGAAGGCUAAGGCUGGCUUUGAUGAUGACAUUUUGGAGCAAUUGAUGGGCGGGAAGGAUUUAGAUGCCGAUAAGCCGUCGAUCGAGGAGCUUGGUCAGUAG